AUGAUCCACGUGGACGAAACAGAUCCGGUUGGAGAAAUUGAGCCCCCGUUUCCAUGUAGAGAUGUAACUAUCAAGAGGAACAGUGAUGUCAAUGAUUACUUUGAGAUGCUCUCAGAGAUCGGGAGGGGUAAAUUCGGCACGGUAUAUCUCUGUCGUGAGAAGAGUACGGGCUUGGAGCUGGCUGCGAAGCUUGUGUCUGUGAACCGAAGAGAUGAGAGGCGGAAUGUGGAGAGGGAGGUGGAUGUUAUGCGGAGGUUGAGACAUCCGCGACUCAUACAACUGUAUGACGCUUACGAGUGGGGGAAGUGUAUGUGCGUCGUGUUGGAACUAUAUAAUAAUUCAUUUUUCAGGAUCACAGGCGGAGAGUUGUUUGAGCGAGUCAUAGAUGAAGACUUCGUGUUGACUGAACGCGCGUGUACAGUGUUUAUGAGGCAGAUAUGUGAGGGAAUAGAAUUUGUACACAGACAGAACAUACUACAUCUAGAUAUGAAGCCGGAAAAUAUUCUAUGUCUCACGAAAACUGGGAAUCGUAUAAAAAUCAUUGAUUUCGGACUCGCUCGCUUCUAUGAUCCUGAAAAGAAACUACAAGUCCUAUUCGGGACCCCGGAGUUCGUCGCACCUGAAGUGGUCAACUUCGACCAAAUAGGAUACGGAACGGAUAUGUGGUCGGUCGGCGUUAUAUGUUAUGUGUUACUGUCGGGUUUAUCACCGUUCAUGGGUGAAACUGAUAUUGAGACCAUGGCUAACGUAACGAUAGCCAAAUACGACUUCGACGAUGAAGCGUUCAACGAAAUAUCAGAAGACGCGAAGGAUUUCAUAAGAAAACUACUCGUUAAAGACAAAGAGUCUCGGCCGGGGGCUACCGAGUGCUUACGUCAUCCGUGGCUCAUCAAACGGAAUACAAAGAAAGAUGUGCCCAAGAAAAUAUCUCAAUCACCAAAACACGAACUGGACGUCGCUAAAGACAAUCUACGACUGUUCGUUGAGAGAUGGAGCGAGCAUCCGAAUUCGCCUUACGUUUUCGAUAAUCAGUCUCAAGAAAUCAUAUGUCUGGUUAACGCAGAGAGAUCAUCUAUUGGAGGAUGCUCGCCGUCACCAAGAAGUUCUUUAAGCAGUUCCCCUGACAUGGUCUUCGAUGAAGAUGAACUAGAUCCACCGCCGCUGAGAGAUCCAAAACAUACAACCAGAUACAACCCCAUAGAGAGACGAGCCUCCGACAGCAGCUGCUUCCUACAUAAAAAACAAGAUAUAUUCGUUAGAAAAAAUCUAGCCGAAGAAAUUAAGAAACUAUCCGAUCAUCUGUUCAUGUUAUCCACAAUGAAUACCGACCUCGCGAACAAUAAUAGCACCAACGAAAUAGAUAAAAACGUUACCGAAUCAAAAACGCUCAGUAAAGACGAGAAAAUUAUAACCAACGGUUACCAAAACGAUAGAAACAUAACAAGAUCACUAACAAAUGGCAAUACUAGUAGCGAUAAAAAGAUAUUCAUGUCCAAGUCUAGUCAUAGAGUCAAUUCAAGUUUUCUAACAGAGAAGGAAUCUGUUAAACCUAUGACUAGCAAAAUGCCGUGGGUUAAAUCCACGAGGUCGAAAAGACUUACAACCACUAGCAGAGACGUGCCAGAACAACCUAUAGAUAAACGAAGCACUUUCCUAGAAGAAUUUGAUAGAAGACGCGAUAAAAUAGACAAACUAGUUAACGGACAAGAAAAUGGACGACAGAUGCCUUAUAGGCGAGGUGACGAAAAUAACGCGCAUAGAACUAAAGACCUGUUAUUGCACUUGUUAGAAAAAUGGGGGGAAACAGAUGGUAUGGAAGGUGAACGAACAGCGGGUGGUACUUCAACAAGUGGCAGACAUCAAUCCAUAUCAUUAGAAUGGUCGCAGUCAAACCAGCUCGCGCAGAACUCAAUAUCAAGUCUACAAGCUUUCUUCAAACGACAAUCCUCAGACGAGAAAGUCCAAAAAAAUAUAACUGAACGUCUUUCAGCAUCAGCUACGUUGGUGCAUCCUUGGUUGAUUCAGUCCGCUCUGUGUACUGAACUUCACGUGACAAAAGCUAAAUUGAAGAGAUACGUCAUCAAGAAACGUUGGGCGAAGGCCGUAGCCGCUGUCAUCGCACUUAAAAGGAUGGGAGCCAAAUUCGAAGAUAUUCCAGAAGAUAAAAAUUAA